AAGGCGGAGUCACGCCUCAGAGUCACGUGAACAGGAAGUACCGAAAACAAGUGAAGGUGUUUAGGAUUUGAUCAUUAGGUAGCUCUGGGGGAAGAGGACGAAUUAGCUUGGAAAAGGUUUUCUUUCAGAUGGCUCUGGCUGAAGACACAGGACUGGCUGAAAUAUGUGAGGAGUUGGACCAGAUCAUCCUCUAUCUUUUUGAUGCUCUGGAGAUGCUCCAGACCAAGAGAGAAGCUUUUAACAGCUUGGUAGAGCAGGGUUGGUUCUCGCUCUCCAAGUCCCGCUAUGCGAUGGGUAACAAAUCUGUCUCUACCCUUCAGUAUGGUCAUCAGAUGAUUCCACUAGUUCGGGUGAAAACAAGUAAGAAAGAGAAGGGACAGGUGGAGUUUCAUGUGGUCUCAGAGGAUGUGGAUGCUCCUAAACAAAAGGUUAUAGGUGCUGUGGAAGAAUUUGGCCCCAGUGAACAAGUUUUACGACGGCGAAAGGGCCCAGGAAAAACAGAGGCUCCAACCCAGCCCCAAAAUGCCACCUCCAAGCCUACGGAGGGAUUAGGGCACCCAAACCCCCUGAACUGGUUUGGAAUCCUUGUGCCCCAAAGUCUCCGACAAGCCCAAAAGACUUUCCAAGAAGGAAUCCACUUGGCUGCAGAAAUUGCUUCUUUACAGAGUGAAAUUGAGACCAUUCGGAGAUGUUACCGUGAAUUGCUGGGGAAAAAGCAGGACCUUAUAGCCAGAAGAAGCAGUGCUGCCCUUGAACAGCUGUAACCAUCUCUCUGCUGGGAGCAUAGAUAUCCAUUCUUAACUGAAGCAAAUUUUCUAGAAAUGGAUCCUAUUCUGCCUCUGGUCCCUCCCCACUCUCUCUUUUUCUUCCUCCACACAAACUACAACUUAGAAGAGGACAAUGGGAAAAGUCAUUGUGUUGUUGCGGCUAUUGUUAAACAGGAGUCAGAAACCUUUGCUGAUCUACUGCAAGUCACCCAGAGAUCUACUGCUAGAUCCCAAUUUACUUUCUGUUCACCCCUCUUGAAGGGGAUAUUCGUUGUAUUAAGUGUAAACACAGUGCACUAGGAUUCUGUAUGAUAUUUAUUUCUAGCAUUCAUUUCUUUUUCUAUCUAAGUUAGGCUGCUUAAAUUAAGAGAGGUAACCAGGAGUGGACUUUUAGUAUCCGUGAGUUUAGUUCUGGUACUGAAAAUAAAUGUCUACGCUUAGAACAUGUC